CGUAAAAGUACACGUCAGUUUGGAUCGGUUUAAUUUCAUCAGAAAAGAAUAAUAGUUCCCUCGCAGAAGUCAUUACUUAAAACAUGCGUUUAAAAAUAAGGUUUUAUUACUUAAAAUGAAGAUUAGGGGGUUGUGUCCGAGUUUCGUUAUUUUAUUGUUUCUAACGCUAAGCUGUAAUAUUUGUUCUUCCUUAAUUGGAGUUAAUGCCGAAGAUGGAGAGAUAUUACAGACAGCCAGUGCUGUAGUGCCAAUACCAGAAAAUGUUUCAAUUAAUGAAACCAGUGAUAAGGAAAUUAACUUAAGUACUGACACAAAAGUGAAUAGUGAAGUGUUAGAACCCAGUGCAGAUGCUGGAACGAAUUUUGAUGAAAAACUCAAUGAGAAUUUGGACAAUUUAAAUACCCAGGUGUUCACGGAAAUUGUUUCCCAGAACUCUGGCAUAGCUAAUGAAAUACUAACCAAUGGAGCGCCGGUGGUAUUAACCCUAUCCGACCCGGCCACGGCCGAACUGCAACAAAGAGCCGAAAUCCCAAACGUUGCCAGUCAAAAUGAGGCGGCUCCUCCCAAAAACAGCAGCCAAGACGUGUUGGAAACCGCCCCCAGCGAAGAGAACAGAUCUGAACCGGCCGACAAGAACGUCGAACAAACCGAAACGCUAAAAGACGAAUCCCCGAAGAAUACCACCGAAAAGAAAAACGAGGAGAUUCCCUCGUUCUCGGAGUGGGCUCAAAAAAGGAUCGAGGAGGCCGAGAAGGAGCAGGUCAAUUCCUCCGUUCAAGGUCAGAAUGCGAACGGGAAGCCGGGCUCGGGAGCGAAAUUACGAUGGAAGAAUUACGCUUCCUUGGACUGCGGAGCCAAAGUUAUAGCUUCGAAUCCCGAAGCUAUAAGUCCGUGGGCUGUGCUAUCGCCGUCUAGGGAUGAGUACAAGCUGAACACGUGCACGAGUCGUAUCUGGUUUGUUGUGGAGUUGUGCGAGGCGAUUCAAGCGAAGAAAAUCAAUUUGGCCAAUUACGAACUGUUUUCGUCGUCGCCAAAAGAUUUUACAGUGUCUGUGAGCGACAGGUUUCCCACUAGGGACUGGUCCAGUGCCGGGCACUUUCAAGCUAAAGACGAGAGGGAUAUACAGAGUUUCGACUUGGAUCCGCAAAUGUUCGGUAAAUACAUCAAGGUUGAGGUGAAGUCGCAUUACGGUUCCGAACAUUUUUGCCCGAUAUCGCUGUUCCGCGUAUAUGGAAUAAACGUGUUUGAAGUGCUACAAAAAGAAGACCCUGCUCACGAGAACCCGCCAGAUGAUGACGACGAUGACGAUGAACUGGACGCGGCCAAAGGCGACUCUCCCAAAAACCUCUUCAGCUCGGCUACAGACGCCGUAAUAUCGAUGGUGAAAAAAGCCGCCGAAGUGCUAGGAAACAAAGGCAAAAACCAAACCGACCUAAAAAAUCCGACGCUAACCUACACCCCCUUGAUAAACACCUGCACGUCCCCAAGCCACCUGGUGGUCUGCAACAACUGCAGCGACAUCCUUUUCGGCCAAAUCUACGAGUUAUUAAGCUGCAAAAACACGCAAAUCAAUAACUUAAUCGGCAUCCCUUUCAUAAGAAAAGUUCUGGUUAACUCUCAAACCUGCCUGCCGUACGGAUUCGAUUUCAGAAACAAAUCGGCUCACCAAAGCAUAAACACCUGCACCGACUGCGUAAACUCCUUCUUUCCGGCGAAAUUUUUGGGCGCCAUGUGCAACACAGUGGCUGUACUGGAAAAUAAGGUCGUGCUCAAUAUCAGCCAGCAAUACCCCAACAUAACGCAGAACGUUACAACGGAGGAAAAAAUUGUCAAUAUAAUAACGUCGGAACCGCACGUACGAAAACAGGAGACACUAGAAGUGCAGGCGGAGGAAAAUGUGGAGGUCGAGGUUAUAAAACCAACGGACCCUUUGAUUUUGGACAAAACCGACAAUAAAAUCGCCAGUAUUUCAAUCGAUGUACCCACAGCAGAAAUUAAACCGACAAAAGCGUUAACAUCGGAUGUGGAUAUGGAACACGUUAACACGGAUUCUAGCACCAUGACGGUGCAAGAAAAUGCUGUAACGCCUUCGGAAACUGCGACGCAGCCAACCGCAGAAAAAGCAGCUGAAGCUGCGAACGAACCCGCCAUCGAACAACAGGCUAUAGAAGUUGAGGGCAUCGAAGGCAUCGACGAACACAUAGACCAUUUAUUGAACGAUUUAACGGGGGAGAAUAAUCAGAACAGCGUGGCCGCCCCUCAAAGCGCGCCGGCCGGUCAACCGGGUCAAAAGGAAUCCGUGUUUCUGAGGCUCUCCAACCGAAUCAAAGCGUUGGAAAGGAACGUGUCGCUGUCCAGUCAAUAUUUGGAAGAAUUGAGCCGGAGGUACAAGAAGCAGGUGGAGGAAAUGCAUAAACUACUCGAGAAGACUAUUUACACGUUAAACGAAGAGAGUAGGAUUAAGGAUGAGAGGAAUAAACAGCUGGAGGAGAGUUUGAAGCAACUCUCGGCCGCGGUGGAAGUUCUCGUUUCGGAUAGGAACAGCUGGAUGUCGACAUUUCUUUGGCUGGUUUUUGUUUUCGCCGUUACCUUUGCUGUUUUUACGUUGUGCCAGAGGUCUGCCCGAUCUGCGGCCGACGCAAACGAAACUGUCACGGUACAUCGUCGCAAGUCUAUAGACGUUGUGACGCAUAGCACCCCAAUCAAAAAGAGGCGGCCAAGCGACCAGGCUCUGAAGAUUUGCAGAUCGUCGUCUGCCAACGAGAACGACAGAAGAUACAGCAAAGAGAAAAAGCGGAAGAGAAAAUCGAAAGUGGUGCUGAAAAGGUCGAAUUCCAUCAACACUUUAAGCGAGGAGGGCAAGGAGAGCGAUUGGGUGGAAGGACAGAAUCAGCAUUUAGAAGAUGUACCCUUUGCUUUGGACGAAAUGGAGCACUCUACGUUGGAAGAUUUGCCCGUCCCGAUUCCGGUCGAUUUGCCUAAAAUUGACGUGCCCGAUUUUGUUCGGACCGCUACCAAUGUCAGGUUGAACCGUUGUUCUAGUCAAAACAGCCCGGUGAUCUUCGACAAUGGGAAAGUUAAAGAAAUUACCAAGAAAUCCAUUAGCUUGGACGAGAGUAAUAAUAAACAACUGCUGUUUGCUCUUAACGGAAAUGGGACUGGCAGUAGCGCGGAAGAUACGCCCAAAAAAGAGCGGAAGGGGUUUAAGAAACUUUUCAAAAGAGUAUUUUAAUUGCCCGAUAUCGUUAAAGCUUAUAAGCUAGUAGAUAU